UAAUGGAAUAGCCUGAAAAUGGCGACCAUGUGUGUUUGAAACCGGCAAUGCACCGGCAUAUAAUUUAAAUUUCAACGAAUCGACUAUAUUAAUAACAAACACACGCAUCGCUGUUAAUUUAUAAAGCGUUUGCAUUUGUAGAAACAGUGUCAUGGACAAAUCAAAGGAACCAGAUGCAGAAAAAACAGUGGAGAAAAAGAAAGAACCAUCUCCUGGAACUUCUGAUAAACAGACUGGAUCAUCAAAGAAGUCAAAAAGACAGAAGCCUAUUGUAGCUCCUAUUGAGCCCCGCACACCAUUGAAGAGGCAGAGGGCACCUGUAGAAAGAUUCCAGUCUCCUGCAGAGGAAUUACCGACACCUAAACCUAAAACACCUCACCAUGAUGAUGUGGAGGUUGUUUAUAAAAAGGGGAUUUUUCUGGCAGUUAGAGGAGAUGAAGAAACCUUCUACUUGUGCAGAACACAACAGAAUGUCUUCAACAACACUAAGAAGUUCAAGAUUCAGUGGCUUGACAUGGAUGAGAAAACCAAGCAUUACAAAUUUGAUUUCCUUGACUCGACAGAUAUUGAAUGUGUCCUUACCAAUAUCAAGAUGGAUCGUGUAGCCAGGGAAACCUAUACACUUCCAGAUAGUGAGAAAACAAGGAUUGAGAUGAUAUUAACAAAGGCUAUACGUAAGGAGAAAGGCAUGCCUAUUGACGACAUAGAUAUCGUUCCUGCAAAUGAGGUUGAUGAGUCAGAAGAAGAUGAAGAUGAGACUGAAGAUGAUGAGGAUUGGGAAGAUGAACCAACUUCAAAGAAACAGAAGCUGUCAAAGUCUAAAACAACACCACCAUCUAAAAAAGGUGUGAGGGUGUUCUUAAAAUCUGGAAAGUCAUCAAGUAAAAAAUCAACAUCAAAAACCAAAUCAGACAAAAAAGAAAAGAAAGAUACCAAAAAGACACCAAAGAAGGAUGGAAAAAAGGAAGGCAAAUCUGAUAAGAAAAGAGGACCAGACAAAAACUUGAAGCCUAACCUUAAGAUUAAGGUUAUAGAAAAAGAUCCAUUAUUUGAAACAAAGGACCAUGUACCAUUUAUUUCUAAGAUGUCCCAUACCAAGCUGGUAUUCAGAGCAGUUUUACAGAAUGAUAUGGAAUCACUGAAACAGUUGUUAGAAGAUGAUCAACACAUUUAUGAUGUUCAAAUUCCCAAGUCAAUAGCAGAUGACAGAAGUCCUUUACAAAUGGCUGUAGAAAACAAUAAUAUUGAGAUGAUGACAUUACUGAAUAAAGAUAUCUCGGACACAAAUAAUAAAAGACUGAAGCAGUCUCCUCCACCUGUUCUAUUAGAGGCACUUGGCACAGGAUCAUAUAAUCCUGUAUCUCUUGGUGUAACCUUUAUCAGAAAGUUAACAGCAAGCAGAGGAAGCAGGGAAGGAAAUGCAGCUUUUACUAAAGAAAAACAUAUUGAUAAUUCUGAGGUUUUGAAUCAAGCUAUGUUGAAAGGAGUGAAGAAAGAAACCAUUGAUGCAUAUAUCAAUACCAUGCCGAUCAACAUGCAAGGCCGUGUGAAAAAUAUCUUAAGAAACAGUUUAGAGUUGGCUGUUAUGAGGGGCCAUUUUGAAUUGGCAGGUGCUAUCAUUAAAGAGAACAAAGAUGGAUAUGGAUAUAAUUUUCUUCAUUUAGACGUAUUAACAAAAACAACAGAAGAUCUACCAGCCACCAUAAGAGCAGACUCUGUCAGAAAGAAACCAGGAGAUCAGUCUAUGAUGACACCACUUCACUGUGCUUGUAUCAAUCCAAACAAGAAGUACCUAGAGAGGCUGUUAUCUAUAGAACCAGACAUUAACCUGGAGGAUAAGAAGGGGAGAAAACCCAUACACUAUGCUGCAACCUGUCAAGGAACAGGACCUCUAGAAGUCCUACUUAAAAAAGGUGCUAGUCCAUAUGAUGUAACAAGGAGGAAGUGUUCACCAUUGUUUUAUGCUUGUACAGCCAAAAGAGCCGAAAAUGCUGAUUUACUUCUCAAGAGGGCAAAGACAGACAAAGCAGGUGCUGGAGAUGUGUUUACAGAAAAGUUUGGUGUUGGUGGUAUAAACAGACCUAACUGGGAGUCCAUUUGUCCUAUCCAUGUAGCAGCAGAAGGAGGGGAUGUGGACCUCUUGAAAACACUUCUAAAGCAUGGUGUAGAUGUAAACAAACCUUUAUCAGCAAGUAAAGGCAAACAAUCACCAUUAAUGAUAGCAGCUAGUAAAGGAAAUCUGGAAAUGGUUAGAUUAUUAGUUCAAAAUGGUGCUGUUAUUGAACAAUUGGAUAAAUACAAGAGAACAGCUUUAACCCAUGCAGUAAUGAAUGGCAGUGUUACAGUAGCCUCCUACUUGUUAUACCUUGGUUCUGACCCUAACCAUGCUGAUAGUUCUGGUAAUACACUGGUACAUUAUGCUGCAGCCUAUGGAUGGUACUUUGUUCUAAAGCUACUUGUCAAUGAAGGGGGUGCUGAUCCUAAAAUAGCAAAUGAUUGGAAGUUGACCCCAGUGGGUGUUGCCUUUAUGAAAGGUCACAUGGGAUUGGUAGACUUUCUGUUGAAGAUGCCUGGUGUUGAUAUCAAUUUCAAAAACGAUACAGGAAUGACUUUAAUGAGUAUAGCCUGUAGUAGUGCUUUACAGAAAGGUCUAGAGGAUCAAGUUGUUUAUCUGUUAAAGAAAGGAGGGGAUCCCACAAUCACUGAUGUUAAUGGCUUUAAUGCUUUGCAUCAUUUGGCAGCAAAUAAAGUAUCUGUUGGAUAUUAUUCUAAAGAGGAGGCCCAGAAACUUGUGAAUGAAAAAAUGGAACUUACAGUUAAAAUAGCCCAAUUAUUAAUUGAUGCUGGAUGUAAACCUACCCAUAAAACAGACAAUAGACAGACUGCUAUUACUCUAGCCAUAGUACAGGCGAAUAUAAAAUUAAUUACAUAUUUGGUUGAGAAAGGAGGAGCUAUAUCAGCCGAGAAGAAUCAACAGGGAGAUAACCCACUUCAUCUGUUAGCUAAGAUGUGCAUGAAAAAUGAUAUGGCUACAUUGGUUAAAACCCUCAAUACAGAGAAUGUGUCCGUAGAAAUCAAAGAGAAUGGUCUGACAGAAAAGAUGGAAGUUGAUGGUGACAAUGAUAAAGCAUUGGACUUGAGAGCACCAGAAAAUAAUGUUCCAAAACCUUCCCUAAAGAAAGAAAUGUCUAAAGCACGACCAGAAUAUAUGAAACUUAUGGCGUCAGAUGUUAACCAUAACGGUUUUACUCCAUUAUUGGUUGCUUGUGAACAGUAUGCAACAUUUAAGAAGGAUAAAAUGGACAAUGAAGAAUUUCAAGCAGCUUUGAAGAAUGGCAGGGACUUUAUAAAGGCUGUUUUAAAUCUCUCAGGAGCAAAUCCAUCACAGACUGUUCAGAAGAAAUAUUUUGAAGGUGUGGAACCAGAAAAUGAAUCACAGAAAUAUACAUCUUAUGGUAAAUAUUCAGCUGUCCACUUCAUGGUGAAAGCUUGUUCCAACUCUAAAGAAGAAGGAUGUAAUGGAAUAAACUUGAUAAUGAGUUACAAACCAGACUUAGAGGUCAAGAAUUUAUCAGGAGAUACACCCUUGUCUUUAGCUGUUAAACUCAACAGUCUUUGUUCUGUAGAAAUUCUGUUACAAGCUAAAGCCAACCCUAAUGUGACGUAUAUUGUGGAGAAAGUUGGAGAGGACAAGAUAGUAGAAGCCCCAAUCUUACACUCUGCCACUAAAUCUAAGUCAGUGGAAAUAGUGGACAAACUGUUGGCCGCAGGAGCACAAGCAGACGGAAGAAAUAGUAAAACAAAGAGAACAUGUCUUCACAUGACUGUUUCAGACAGAGGUGAUGAAGUUAAAGGAGUCCAAAUAAUGUCAAGCUUACUCAAUUCUGGUGCUGAUGUUAAUGCUGUAGAUUCAGACAAGCGUUCCGCACUACAUUUAUCAGUGAAUUCUAACAGUGGAUCCUCAGAUUCUAGUACAGAUUAUGAAGAAGUUCUUAUUAAGAAAGGAGCUAAUAUCUUUCAGAAAUGUAGUAGUAAUAGAAUGCCAAUACAUUAUGUCUUUAAAAAGAUUGAAUCACCUGAACUAAAGACCCCAAUAGAUCCCAUUGAUGUACUGAGUUUGUUAACUCGGACCAUGAAGGACCAGCAGAUUGAUGACCCAGACUGUAACCUCCAGACUCCCCUACACCUAGCAGCAUAUAGAGGGGCAACCAUAUGUUGUCUACAUUUAAUUAAGAGAAAAGCAGUUGUUGACAAAAAAGAUAUUGACGGAAAUACACCAUUGUCAUUUGCAGUAUCAAAUAAGCAUGACAGUUGUGCAAUCAUCUUGAUCCAGAAUGGAGCUAAUGUCAAAAAUAAUGUGGUGUUUUCUCCCAAAGACAAGCCAGAACCUGACAAAAAUAAGAAACCAUUAUGGCGAUGGAAGCCUCUGGUUCUACCAGAGGUAACACCAGAAAAGAAAACCUACUCCAUAUUCCAAGAGGCCAUACAAAAAGAAUUACAGGGUGUAGCUCACAUGGUCCUUGAUGCUUCAGGAAAUCUGGAUAGUCGUGUUAUAGAGGCAGCUCUACGUGUGAACCAGUUUAACGUAGUACUACGAUUACUCAGAAAGAUCAAUGAUCGAUCUCAACUACAGAUUCUCAAUGACCAACAACAAAACCUUUUCCAUGUGUUAGCUUUACAUACAGAACCAGGAACCCCAGGGGUAGUAGAUUCUCUACAAUUAAAGGUAGCUCAGAUGCUGUAUGACAAAGGUGUCCCAUUAAAUCAGACUGAUGAGAAUGGAUGUACACCAUUACAUUAUGCAGCUCUCACACAUCAGCAAUAUGAUCUAGCCAAGUUUUUUGUCGAAAAAGACACAGCUUUAGAUUUGAAUAGAAAAGAUAAAUUUGACAGAACAGUUAUAGCAGCAUUUUUCUGGGACCAUCAUAAAGUCACAAAACUUUCCAAUUUAGAACUCAAUACAAAAUGGUUACAGUUAUUUUUAUCAAAGGGUUGUUCAUUGGACAUUUUGUUUGAUCUCCCACUUCCAGAAGUGCCUGUAUUUGAUAUGUUAUCGAACACUCUCAGUAAUUACUUUACAACAGCAUGUGAAUACAGGAUUUCUCCUUUGAUUUUUGCAAUAAACUUUUGUGAAGUUGGAAUUCUCAGAUUUCUUCUGGAAAAUGGAGCCAGUUCAAAUUUUGCAGACAAUCGUGGAUUAACCCCACUCAUGCAUGCUGUAAAAAAGAAUGAUCUUGUUAUGGUGAAAAUAUUGCUGAAUUCUUCAUACAAAAGUGAGACAAAAUCAGAGAAAACCAAACUUUCCAGACAAUUGUCGAGGAAUGUAUUUGCCAUAACACCUAUUGACGAGGAGGAGGAAGAAGAUGAUGAAGAUGAAAAUGAGGAGGAGAAUGAUGAUCAGGAUGAACAAGAUGAAGAAGACAUGGAUGAUGAAGACAAUGAAGAGAAAAGAGCAGACGACGAUGAUGAUCAUGACACAGAUAAUGUAGAUGAAGAUGAGGAGGAGGAAGAGGAUGAGAACAAUGAAGACGAUGAUGAAAUAUCUCCUGAGAGUUUCCCAUCACUCACUAGUCAACCAUCAAAAUCAUCGACGCAGGAAGAAAAGAAAUCAGAUGAAGAAUUUGAAACAGUUGAAAAAACCAGUAGUGUUAAAUUGAAUGCAAUGGAUUCUCAGGGAUGGACAGCAGUGCAUCAUUUGGUGUGUCCACUAGACUAUGGAACCUUCGAUAAUGAAGAAAUUUUAUAUGUCCUUGCCAAAGUUGGGGCUGAUAUCCAAACAAAAGACAAUGCAGGAUUAUCUCCCUUAGACCAUGCUUUAAUCCGUGGAGCUACACAGCUAGCCAGACGUUUACAGAUGUUAUCUGGUGUGGAGGAUAGCAAACUGGAAAAGCCAGUAUUUCCAUCUAUAGAGGUGAAGGACAGUCUGCCUGUGCCAUUGUCAGUAGAUUAUAAAAUUGACUCAGAAGAAUAUCUUAAGACCAUACAAGACAAGGAAAUGGAUGUGGAGGAAGAAACCAAAUGUGAAGUUGACAGAUACUGUGAAUACAGAAAAGUGGGAGAGGUUGUGAUGGAUGAUUCUCAAAAGAUACCAUAUGAUGUUACCUUGUCUAAAGUAGAUGUUUCUUCUGGUUCUUGGGGAAUGUACAACUUCUAUAAAAUGCAGGUUGUGCAUCAGAAGGCUCAGGAUUUAUAUAUAUUAUUUACACGGUGGGGAAGGAUUGGUGAUAGUGGACAAUUUCAACAUACACCAUUCCAGAAGAAGUCAGAAGCCAUUACAGAAUUUGGAAAAAUAUUUAGAUCAAAAACUGGAAAUUACUGGUCAAAUGUCAAGUUGUUCGAAAAGCAACCAAAGAAAUAUAGACUGGUGGAAUCAGACAGAUCAUAUGCCCAACCAACUAAAAUAGAUUUUAAGCUGCAGACAAACAUUCCUUCCAAAUUACCAAAAUUUGUGCAGGAUUUAGUGAAAGAAAUGAGCAGUAUUAAGAUGAUGGAAGCAGCUAUUAACAAAGAAGGAUUUAAUUAUAACUUGAUGCCUUUUGGGAGGCUGAAAAAAGAAACAUUAAUUGAAGCUAGAAAAGUAUUAGCUGAAAUAGGUGGGCAUGUAAAGAAAUUAGAGAAGAUAAAUAAUGACUACUCUAUGACACAUACAGAGAAGAAUGUUCAAAUGCAGGAACUAGGAGAAAAGAUUGCCAAAUUGUCCAAUAACUACUAUCACUGUAUACCUCAGCAGGAUUACGUGUUUGAUAAAAUCCGACCAAUAUGUGACAAAGAAUCAUACAAAAAACAACUAAAACAUCUAUCAAAUCUGUUAGAUAUUGAAUGUGCAGAGAAAAUUGUUAUUGGAGCCCAGUCGAAGAUGUCUAGUAUGAAUCCACUUGACUAUAUUUACCAAGCUGUUGGAUGUAAGAUACAACUACUGACAGAAGACUGUGCUGAAUCUCAGUAUAUACUCAAAUACAUACAUGCAUCUUGCAAAGAAAAUCAUGUACAUGCAAUAUAUAAACUGUCCCGUCCAGGAGAAGAUACCACAAUUAGAAGUUUGAACAUGGAUAACCACAAGUUGUUAUGGCAUGGCAGCAGUAUGUCUAACUUUAUCAGUAUACUACACCGUGGAUUACUGGUAGCACCACCUGAAAUACCAAUGACAGGAGCUUUGUUUGGAGAGGGUUUGUACACCUCAGAUGCUUUCUUUAAAUGUCAGAUGUAUUCUUAUAAUGCCAACCCAUCAUCUAAUACCAGGCUGGCUUUACUUUGUCAGGUGGCUACUGGUAAGACAUGUGAAGUGGAUACUCAAGACGAUAUCGAAACAGAUUUAACAGACUCUGAUUAUCAAUGUAAACGUAUUGAUGGGAGCAAGAUUCCCAAUAAAGAUUUUGAUGUCACUUUGCCAUAUGGAGCAGUCAUGCCUCUUGGUCAGCUUCAGAAUAAUCCCAAGAAAGAAAAUUGGAGAUCAUUUAGAAUGCCUUACAGGGAAUUUAUUAUUAAUGAUGCCUCUCAGGUCUGUCUGCGGUAUCUGGUGGAAUUCAGCACAAUUACAUCCAGAAAAUAGAGACUGUCACAAGUCAUUUGGACUCGUUGUUGUCUCCCUUCUUGAGACAAGAGUUGUCUGCCCAUCGAAUGAUAGAUGUAGUAGAUGUAGUACAUGUACUGUUUUCAUUGUUGAUUGUAUGGUCGUAAUAUUCACUAAGAUAUUGUUAUUUUGUACAGAAAAUAUAUUUUGGUUUAGUUUUAUAACCUCAUAAUCAUUUUGUUUAUUUACGUCAUAGAUAUUUGCUUAUUUACUAUCUUUUAAACUGAAAUCAUGUUCACCUUCUAGAAAAACAUUUAAUUAAGGAUGAAAUACAAAUUUCAUUUAAAAAAAAGAAUUUUGAUGUAAAUAAAGUAUUAGAGUUAGCUAUAAUUUUAUGGUCAUAGUUAUUCAUAUAUUAAAAUUGUUGUAUGAAUUGCAUAAUAGAUUAACAAUUAUAAAGCUUCAUUUAAAUGUCCACAAGAUUAAGAUUAGUAAUCAAUAAUAAAUCGAAGAAAAAAAUAUCUUAGAAAUUUAUUUGGAAAAUUUAAAGUAUUUUUUCCUUCAUGUGAAUAUUUUGACACCAUACGUAUCAUCACAUCUUUAUGAUAUAAUGAUAAAAAGGUUUUAAAGUUGAAAAGUUUAAAAAGAAAAACGGACUAAGCUUUCAAUUUAUUUAUUUUACCAUGCUUAUUAAUGCUUGGCAUCAGGCAAUUUUAAGGAUCAUGUAAUUUAGAUUUGAAUAAAUUUCAUUUUGAAAUCAUGAAAAAUAUUGAUUAUAUAUUUUGCAUUUAUUACAUUGAUAGCCCUGAUGUUGAAUAUGCUUGAUGAAAUACAUGGACGUGAAGAAAUGGUCAACAAUAAACCAUAUACUAUGUUGUCAUAUGACAUUUGUAUACAUAUUAAUGUUAUUGGUAAUCAGAGUCAUAAAGUUGGUUUAUACAGUGGCUCAAAUCAUUAUACUGUUGUAUUUUUAGUGCUAUUAUUUCAUCAAUUUGUACAUAAAUCAUUAUUUCAAUGUUCAAUACAUAAAACCCCUUUCAAUGGACAAAGCAAAUCAUUAAUGAUGAUCUAUAUCAUAGACAGAUACUGCACACAAAUUUCAUUGACAAUAGUAUACAUUUUCGUAUAUUAAAAAACAAGUUCACAAGUUGAUUUUCAUACCAACUAAAUUUAUAAUUUAUAAAAAUCAAACAGAUCAGAUAUGUAAUGAAAUACCUGCAUUGAAUGUAAAAAAUCAAUCAUGAAGGCUAGCUCCUUGUUUGUUUGUUUUUUUAAUUAUAAUGGGUUGAUUUGGUUAAUAUUGGUAAGUUCAGUGUGUUCUGCUUAAAAACUGGUAUUUUUUAGGCUCACACUGAACUUUUGUUACUUUAUUUUUCUAGACAUUUUGCAAAAGCUACUAUAAUUUUAUACUGUUUUGAAAGUUUUGUCUUUUUGAUAUCUUUGUUGUAUUUUAUUCUGAGGGAUAUUUUGUGCAAUCCUUAUAUUGAUAAUAUGUAAUAUGAAAUAGGUUUCUUAAAAGUACUUAUUUCAUUUCUCUUUCUAGUAAUAUAUUUUUGUAAUUCUAAUUUUUAAUAAGAUUUUUUUACCUAAGGUUGUUAAAAUCUAGUAGUGUAAACUCUAUUUUUCAAAGUUAAAAAGAAGAAUAAAACGUGACCUGAUUUGUAGAAAGACUUUUAAGUCACUUUCCUCUGACAAACUUCUUAAUAUUACCUCCAAGGUGUGUUGUCAUAUUUUAAGAUCUUUAAAGUUUGCUUUGGUGUCAUUAUCUGGUAUAAAUGUUUUUUUAUUUUAUAAAUAAAUUGAGUGGUUUUUUUUGUAAUUUGUUAAGCUUUGUGGUUUUGUAUUGCUUUUAUAUAUCAAUGUAAUAAAUCAGGAUUCAGACAGAACUUGGCUCUUCCCUAUCUCUUUUACUCCUGUAAGAAAUAAAACCAGAAACUAAACUUAUUUUGUAAGUUAUAUAGUUCAUAAUGAUUUAUAGUGCUAUCUUAUAUAACAAAUAUUGUGUAUCAGGUAACAUGACCUUGAGAAGUAAUUACCAUUGAAUGGACCAUUCACACUUCUAGAGCAAUUGUUACGUCAAUACUACACGACAACACAUAAGUUAUGUAUGACAAAUAUUCCAUCUUAUUUACACCAAUAUUUAAAGAAAAUCACAUAAACUUUAUAUGAAACUCAUCCAGUUUGACUGGCUUUAGGAGAAGUGUAGGGUUUAGUAAAUUUGUUUAUGUUAAAAUGACCGUUGAUGUGAAAAGAUAAAUAAAUUGUUGUGUUAUGUGUAGUGAUUAAUCGUAGAAUCUCUUUGUUUCAUACUUUCCCGUACUUUAAUAACAUUUUAGUCAGAGCCUAAUUUAAUCAAUAUAAAUUAUAUUUUUAGAAUAGAAGAUGAUGUCUUAAAUAAGUUAUCUUUAUUUAUAGACAUGUUUGUGAAUAAAUUGUAAUGAAGUGUUGUUAGAGUUCUAUAGUAAAUUGUAAAGCACAAACUAGUUAAAUAAGUUCCCCAAAGGUUUUGAAGUUACAGUACACAUCACUUCUAGAUGUUAUAAUCUCUUCCAAUACUUAAUUCAGUACUGGGUCAGUUCAAACCAAACAAAAAAUCUUGUGUUGAAGAAUAACCAAUGAAAAAGUAUAAUUACACGCAAACAACACUUUAUAUCUAAUUUAUAACAUUCUUUAAUAGUUUAUAGCUUUAGACAUACAAUUGAAUCUGUCACGGGCUCAUGAUAUUUAGAGAUGUUCACCUUUUAGAGAAGUUGGCAUAGUGCAUACUAACAAAUCAGGUCUUUGAGCCUACAUGUAGCUAUCUUAUAAGAUAGUCUCAGGUCACUAUCUAGUAGCCGAUAGGGUGAUUCAGCAAGCUAUCUUGUAAGGUAGUCUCAAGUCACUAUCUAGUAGCUGAUAGGAUGAUUCAGCAAGCUAUCUUGUAAGAUAGUCUCACUAUCUUAUAGCUGAUGUGGUGAUGAUAGAUGACAGAUUCCAUUGUAUAAUAUGAGGUUUUGUUUAUUGUCAUUCUUCACCAUCACAUGACCAUAUAAUACAUAUUGUAGAAUUAAAUCAUAAAGAAUGAAUUUUAAUGUAAAGAAAAAUUGUAUUUUGUAAUAUCGUACAAAUAAAUAUGUCACUAGG